AUGGCUGCGUCUGACGACGAGGCAAAUAUGUCGCUGGUGCGCACAAACACAACGCUGCAAGAGCUGGCGGCGGCGGCCGAGGAGCCGCCGCCACACUACGUGGUUGAUGAGGCAUCAAAAACCAAGAGAACAAGAGACCUUAUCCUGCGAUCAAUAGCCAAGCUCCUCGACCUCGAUGAGGGUUAUUUCGUGUACCAAAUAUCAAACAAGGCUUCUGGGUUUGCUAGAUUCAACUACUACCCUCCAUGUCCUAGGCCUGACCUAGUUUUGGGCAGGAGGCCACACACUGAUGGUGGUCUCCUUACCAUCCUAUUCGUCGACCACGAUGUCGGUGGCUUGCAAGUUGAGAGGGGCGGGAAAUGGUACAAUGUUCCACCCAAGCCUUAUACAUUGGUGAUUAACGUAGCAGACUGCAUGGAGAUAAUGACCAACGGAAUCUUUAGGAGCCCGCUUCACAGGGUGGCGACGAAUGCUGACAAGGAGAGGCUUUCACUGGCCAGGUUUUAUGCUGUGGAUGCGGAAACGGUGCUGGAUGACAACCGACCACCAAGAUAUGGGAAAAUCAAGGCCAAGGAUUUCGUUUCUUUUUCUCGACUGAAAAGUUCUUAG